AUGAGUAACAAGUUUGAUUUGAAAUCAAUAUCUGAACAGUUACCUCCAAAUACAGGUCCUCCUGGUACUGUUCAAUUAUAUCAAAAUGGUAAUAACUUUAAUAAUAAAAAUUUAUCUCAUGUACCUUGUAAAUUUUUUAAACAAGGAAUUUGUCAAGCUGGUAAUUCAUGUCCUUUUAGUCAUAAUAUAGAUGGUAAUUUAGCUGCUGGUAAAAUACCUUGUAAAUAUUUUCAAAAGGGUAAUUGUAAAUUUGGUUUAAAAUGUGCUUUAGCUCAUUUCUUACCUGACGGUACUAGGAUCAAUAAUAAUAAUAGUAAUAGUAAUAAUAAUAAUAAGAACAAUACAAUAAGUAAUAAAAAUUAUAAAACAGAUACUCCAGAUAAUAAUAAAUUUAAUUACAAUACAGAUAGAAUACAUUUGUUUUCGAAUUCAUAUUCAAGUGUUUUUAGUAAUAAUCCAUCACCAUAUCCUAAAAUAACAAGAUCUUAUUCAAUGAAUAGUUCUCCUCCUUUAUUUUCUGAACCUUUUGAAGAUGAUGAAGAAGAAGUUGAAUCGGCAGAGAAUUCAAUAUUUGAAGAAGAUUUCUUACCUAAUUCAUUAACGGAUAUUAUAUUAACUCCACAAGAAGUUGAAAGAAGAGAUUCAAGAUCUCAAAGUGGAACAUUAAAUGUUAGACCGAAUUUUAAAUUAAAGGAAAAAAUAUCAUCGGAUGUUUUCUUGAUGGAUUAG